AUGACGAAGGAUGGCAAAAACGCGGAAGGCGGCAGUGGCAAAGCUUUGGCGGUUGCAGCGGCGGACCCUACUCUUUCGCCGUUCUACCUCCAUGCUUCUGAUGGACCUGGAAAUUUGAUUACUACAGUGCAACUCAAAGGAGAAAACUAUGAAGAUUGGGCUCUACAUGUGCGGAAUGCACUGCAGACCAAAAGAAAACUUGGUUUCAUUGAUGGAACUGGAAGAAACCGACGACAGCAGAAGAUAUUGAGCAGUGGGAAGUGGUUAAUUCGAUUUUGGUGGCUUGGGUGA